AUUGCCACUACCUCUCUCUUUCCCGGAGACUCUACUACAAUGGCGUUGUGUGCCCCUACACACAACCUUUCUCUUAUCCCGUCGAAAAGCCAUGCAAGAACGGGAAGAGAAAGAAGAAGUAGAGGCUCUAGGGUGGUUCAGAUAGUGGCGGUGUAUGACGUGGCUGGCAGGGAAGGUGGACAAGAGGCGGCGUACGAAGAAGGACAGCUGGACCGCCCAAAGUGGGUUGGUGCUACCCCUCUCUCUCGUCUCGUCGGAGCUCUUAUUUCCUUCAAGCCUCUCUACUCUCUGCUCAAGCUCGGUGCCAGACAAGUCCUCAUCAGUACAGCUGAGAAGAAGAACAUUCCAUGGAGGGAAAUGACGAGGGAGGUUCUGGAAUCAGAUGUGUACAAGGAAUUGGAGAGCAUUCAGAACCCUUCACUUGUAUACCCAGAGUAUUAUUUGAAUCCUUUCCAUGCGUAUGAUGAGGGCAACCUUUCAUGGCUGGCUGCUGCAGAAGCAGAGGCUGCAACCAUGUCAAUGACAAGACGAGCAAUACCUUAUGCUUUGUCAUUAGAUGAAGCUAAUAGAAUAGUACGUGGAAAUUGGCUUCAAGCGAUUGAGCAACAUCAUCUGCAGUAUUCUGGAAAUUCCAUGAUCAGGGACAUUUUAGAUAUUGGAUGCUCUGUAGGUGUCAGCACAGGAUAUCUGGCCGACAAGUUUCCAGCUGCUAAAGUCACUGGUCUAGAUUUGUCACCUUACUUUCUUGCUGUAGCUCAAUUUAAGGAAAAGAAACGAUCCCCAAGAGAGAAUCCAAUUAGCUGGAUUCAUGCAAUUGGGGAAAACACAGGCUUAUCUUCCAACUCAUUUGACAUUGUUUCCAUGGCUUAUGUGCUUCAUGAAUGUCCUGAAAGAGCAAUAGUGAAUUUAGUGAAGGAAGCAUUCCGCCUCCUUCGACCCGGAGGCACGGUUGCCGUGACAGAUAAUUCGCCAAAGUCAAAGAUCCUUCAGAUAUUACAAAUUGAGGAGAAGAAAUCCGAGGGUCAGGAAAGUGUGGAUGAGAAUGAAGAAACUGAAGCAAUAGAGCUUGUUCUCUUCCAAGUCUCUGAAUGUUACGUGUACAUAAUACCCCCAAGGAAAAGUGCAGCUUCCUAUAGGGCUGAUGAGUGGGAUGUCAACAAAUGGGCAUGGGAGGGGGUGUUGAAAGUUAUUAGCAAGGGAGAGGAGUGCAUUAUCAGACUUGAAGAUAAGACCACAGGUGAAUUAUAUGCUCGGGCAUUUUUGAGAAAUGGAGAGCCGCAUCCAGUGGAACCUGUAAUUGAUAGCAGCAGAUAUUUUGUUCUUCGCAUAGAAGAGAACAUUGGUGGUCGUCUUCGGCAUGCUUUCAUUGGCUUAGGAUUUCGAGAAAGAACAGAAGCUUAUGAUUUCCAGGCGGCCUUGCAUGACCACAUGAAAUAUCUGAACAAAAAGAAAACUGCCGAAGAGAUGGAACAGCAUUACCAGCAAGCUUCUUUGGUUGAUUACAGUUUAAAAGAUGGGGAGACUCUUGUACUCCAAAUAAAGAACAACAAAAGCGGUUGCAGUGUGAAGUCCAAUUUUUUUGAAAAGGGUCUGAACAAUCCCUCCGAGGAAAAGGGUAAGGGGAAAGAGCCCCUAAUUUCUAUAAAACUACCACCGCCACCCCCUGCUCCACUUUCACCUGCUACAACUGCUCAGAAGUCUCCAGCAAAUGUGCCACCAAAGUUCAAUCUCGAGGAAACCUCUAAAGAUGAGGCCCCAGAAUCAGCAAAAGAAGAAGCUAAAGACCUAAAUUCUCCUGAAAAACACAGUAUACAGGAUAUUCCAGAUGAUGGUUUCGGUGAUUUUCAAGCAGCUGGGUGACAUGGUCUGUGAUGCUGAUAUGUUUAGAAGUAAAUGCUCAAAUUCUUUUCUCUCUCUCUAAUGGUUUGGGGUUUGUGAUGGAUUAGGUUGAAUUUACAAAUUUCCUCUGAUCUGGUAAAUAUUUGUUAUACUACACAAUUUGGAGUUAGUUUAGAGAUGUAAGUCUUGAACUUUGCUGAUGCAAGUGAUUUUAUUUA